UCUGUAAUUAAAUUUAAUGGUAAGGCCAUUAUUAAUAGCUAAUGAAAUACCAACCAGUAGGGCUUGGAGCGAACCGUACUCUAACUGUAUCUGAAUAAAAUCGAACAUUUAAAAAAUGAUUAUUUCUAAUAUAGCUACAAGAUCUAGUACAAAAUACAUAAUUAUUCAUAUUCACAUAGAAAAUACUAGAAUUUAUUUCAUUGAAGUUUUAUAAUAGUUUUAUACAGUACUGAUAACUUGUAAAAUAAACAUGUAAUGGUUAUUUAAAUUUUAUAUUAAAAUAAUAUUUAUUUUUUCUAUAUCAUAUAAGAACAGUAUUACAGUUUAAAUUAAAUUUAUUCUGUAGUUUAAUAUACUGAUAAGGCUUAUCAGAUUUAUAGAACGGUCUAACCUACCUUAUGUAGCGCUAUCUAGUAUUAAAAAUUAAACCUACUGCAAAUAGUACAAAGACCAUAGACAUAUUAUGAUAUCUUAAUGGUAAAGUCCAAGGUGUUUAUACACGCCAUGGCUGUAUUUUUGGAUAACAGCUGUUUUCAAUAACAGUUAUCCGUGGUUUAACCUAUUCUGUGGUUGAAGUUUAUCAAAUUAUCAGUAAAAACUCCGGUAUACUUAUGAGUGUUGAUAAACUCUAUGGGCAAUCACAUACUUCAUAACCCCAGCUAAAAUUUCACCUCUCAAUUAUGUCUUUCGCGUUUUUUUUUCCAAUAUUUUCUUGAAACUUAUAUUAUAUCAAUUAAUAAAGUAUACAAUUAUUACAAGAUUUCUGUUAUCAACUAAUACAAUUAUUAAAUAUACAACUACCCCCUUUUAUAAAGGUACAGAACAUAUUAUAAAACUGUAAGUUUCAUAAAAUCAAUAUAAUCCCAUGUUUUCGAAAUAGUUAUAACAACAGCUACCUACUACUUAUUUAUUUUGUGUUUAUAUUAUACAAAUGUAUAUUGCUGACACAUGUUUUACAAUAUAAUCAAAAUAACAAGAGUUAAACAAUUUAAAAUUACAUUUUGGUUCUUUUUUAUUUGACUAAUAAAUUAUACUUUCAUGUUUACAUUCAUUUCAGACAAUUACUUUUCCAUUUAUACAUUAUGAUGAGAUUAUUGAGAACACCAAGACAUUUAAUGUCUGUUAUACGAAUACAAUCUUUAAGUAUAACUACUUCUAAACUAGUACGCCUUGAUGAAUCAAAUAUGUCAAAUAAAUCAACUGAUCAUAACAUUGUAGCAGCAGCAUUUGCAUCAUUAAAAGAAAUUGAUAAUAUUAAAUCAAAAAACGCAUCGUUUUACAUUAUUAAUAAUAAAAUUGAUAAUGCCACCACAGUCGAAGAUUUAUUGGUAUUAUCUGAAGUAGGAUCAAUCACUAAACAACAGGCACUAAAAGUAAAUGCAAUUUAAUGAUUAUACUAUAAUGGUAUAAUGGAAGUUGUGGAUACUUUUAGUUAUUGUAUUAUUAAGUAUUAAAGUUAGUAUAAUUUGCAUUUGUAAUGCAAUUUAACAAUGCAGAAAUAAUUGUUUUGUUAUGCAUUUUAUUCAAAUGUUAACAAGUUAGUUAAUACCUAGUUCAUCCAUAUAUAAAUUCAAAACUUAUUUUUACCUAUUUUGUUUGUUUUUUUUUUUUAAUGUAAUUGGAACUCGUUUUAGGCUGUUUCUACUUUAGCUGACUGGGCUAGUUCUGGUCGAACAAAAUUGUCAGAGUUUGAAGGGGAUCCAAGAUUUUUAAACCUAUGUAAAAUGUUGGGAAAAGAAAAAGAAAAAGAAAGUUUGUUUAAUGAUUUGUCAACAGUUCUUGGAAUCACAGGGGAUGAUGAAGCUGCAAAACUAAUUUCUUCAAUUAGUAUGUCCCAAAUGGUCAAAGUAAAUUGUUUAUAGAUUAUAUAAAUUAAUUUUAAGACAAUUUUAUAAAUAUAUUUUAUCACACAUAUCUUUAAAAUAUUAAAUUCAAUAAUAAAUAAUAGGUAUUAUCAACUCUUGGUGCUAAGAAAAAACGUUCAACAACUUUAUUGAGAUCAUUAGCAUUUAAUAUUGGACGGUGUACCAAUAAGAUGGAUAUUAAACAAUGUGCAGAUGUAUUAUAUGCUUUAGCUGUACUUAAUUUUCCUGAUGAAGUACUCUUAGAAAAAGUUAGUGCUGAUUUACUAGUUACUUUGUCUACAAAUGAAAGACCUUCAGUUAUUGGAUCUAUAUUAACUAGCAUUGGAAUUUUACGAUAUCGAGAUCCAGGUACUUUUAUAAUACAAGCUAUUUUGUUGUAUACAUGGGUAAACAAUUUUAUAUAACAGUUUAGUUUAUUUUUACUUUUUAACUUCUUCACAAAUAUGAUAUGUAUAUUUUUAUAUACAUACAGGACGAUUCACUUCAUUUGUUGGUUAAAUUUUGCAUGUAUUUAAAUUCUGAUUUUUGGAAUUUUAUAAGUGUAGUUAAAGCCGAUAUUUUUGAAUACUAAGAACAUUCAAGGAGUAUCCCUGUGGUGAUACCAACUUUGGUUUUUCAAAUGAAAACCUUUAUUAAAAAAUCCGUAAAUAGACAGAGUAUUACUAAUCAGUUUUUAAUUUCUGUUAAUGAGACAUUCCACUUUUGAGUUUAGGAGAGAGUAGUGGAGUAUAAUUUGUGUAGUGACACGAUACAUGGCAUUUAAAUUAUGCUCCACUAAACACCUACCUACAUUUAAAAGUGGAAUAUAUUGCAUAUAUUAUAUAUAUUGUAAACAGGUUGAUGGGAAUCACAAAUUUUAUUACCAAAAUGAAUUUAAACUUAUUUUCUAUUUAUAUGUGAAAUUUUGAAUACAGGUUAUCAUUUGAAAAUUAAACUUAAGCUUUAACUUCACACAAAAUUAGAAAAAUCAGAAUUUGAAUGUAUGCAAAUUUUUUUUUUUUUAAUUUUAAUAAUAACACAUACAAUUUGUAAAUACACUUUUUACAAUAAGCAUGUUUGAAGAAUUAUGAAAAAAAAAAAAUAAAAAAGGCGAGAUCGACAUGAAGAAGUAAUCAUCCAGCGGUAACACUUACUGGCUAUAGAGGGCUAUUACAGGUCACGGUUCCAGUUACGCUUUAACCUUCUAGGUGAAUUACCUGGAAUGGAAUUGGAGUUUAGGGCACGGAUUAAUAGAUUAGAGUGGUUUUUAAGACGCGCGCGGAAGUCUAUAGGCAUUUUUGGCUUCUUCAUGGACAGUUAAAAUUUUUAAGUCUGAAUGUAAGGUGUGGUUUGAAACGUACGGAUGAGCGCCUGUAAUGUAAAAUUUAACCAAAAAAAUGGGGUAAACAUACUUAAUGAAUCACCCUGUAUGUAAUUAGCUUUAAUGAUAAUGUUGUUAAAGUAAUUAUAAUACUAUAUAAAUUGCCUUAUAUAGUACUCUUUCAUUAGUACUAACUCAAAUAACAUGAACCAGUUUUCCGGUCCCGAAAAAGCCCUUAUACUUUUUUUUUCCUCAGUUUACAUAAAUUUAUUUGCACAACAUGAAUAGAAGACUGUCCUUUUCUAUUUAUGUUUUACAAUUACAAUUUUAUCAAUGCCAUAUUUUAUCCCUCUCAUUUUCUGUGUAUGUAUGAAUGUACGUACAUAUAAUCUAGUUGAGUGUUCCUCUCAUAUAAAUUGAUUGUUCCAUUGAUCAAUUUCAAGUUUAGUUUGUUAGUGAUUUGUAUACAGUGUAAAGCUUACGUGUCGCCCAAAAUGAGUUUGAAAAAAAUCAAAUGUCUAUCAAUCUAAAAACUAAACGGCUCAUUUUAAUAGAAGUAAAAUUAACCUUAAACAAAAAUUGUGGAGAAAUUAGCAACACGGUUAAGAAGCUGUUCCAUUAAGUUCAAGUAAACAAAGGAGUUCUAUUUCACUUUAUAAUUGGCUAAAAUAUAUAUCCCCAUAAUAUAAUGCAAUUUGUAUUAAUAAUAAUAUAUUAUAAUUAAUAGUAAGAAAAUAUUGGUUUAAUUAAUUUUACUUAUAUAGAUUUAUUGGAAAACUUGUCAUCUUGGUUAGAGAAAUACAUGGAUGAAUGCAAACAAAAUAUAUUAAUAUCUUAUACGAUAACACUAGGAUAUGUCAAUUACACACCUUCCAAUAUUGAUAAUAUAAUUAAAGUAAUUAUGUGUUUUUUCUUUAAUUAUUUAUAGAAUAAUAAUUUAAUGUAAUAAAAAAUAUAAUCUAGAAUAUUUUUGUUGAAGGUGUUUAAACAGGUGGACAAAUUUGUUAAUGGUAUUAAUGUAAAUACAUGGCUUGAUAUUGUCUGGAGUUUGGUAGUACUAGAGAAAGCUGAUGAUAAUCAUUUAGCAUCAGUUUUAUCAUCCGAAUUUGUGUCAAAACUUUCAACUUGGAAAAGUAACACAAAACUUUUUGUUUAAUAUAUUCUUAUUAUAUAGUAAUUACAGAAACAAUUAUUAUCUUUAAAAUUUAUUUUCAUUUUUUUGAAAGAUAAUAGAAUCGUAUCAAUAAAGUUACUUAAUAUAAAUGGAUAUGCCAAGAACAAAAAACAAUACAAUGGUAAAGUAUUUAUUUAUCCUUUUUAUUUAAUAAGGUUUUAAAAUGAUUUUGAAAUCAAAUUUUAGUGUAAGAUAAUCCAAUAAAUAUUUUUAUAAUAAAUGAUUUUAAUGAUUCAAAAUGUUUAAUUAUAAGUUAUUUAGUAAUUAGUGGCUAUCUUACAUGGAAUAAAUAGACCAGUUUAGAUAUUUAUGAAAUAAUAUAAAAAUCUGAUGAUCAUCAAUCUAAGAUAAACAAUAUUAUUUAUUAUACACAUAUUAAUUUUUUCUCAUUUUAUGUAAAAUACAGGACCAUUACUGGAUUCCAGUUCUAAUUUAUUUAAACUAGAAUUAUUGAGAUCAAAAGACAAACAAAUAUUAAUGAAUACAAUGGUGGAUGCUUUGACAACAAUGCUUCCAUCAGACAAUUUUUUGAAAACUGAUGUUAGUACAAAUUUAGGAUUUGUAAUUGGUAAGUUUUUUUUUUCUUUUUUAUUUAUGUAUUUAUUUUUAAUAUUCAAAGAGAAUCUUGGCAUGUGCCAAGAAAUCUUUUUAUUUAUACAGUUAGCAUUUAUUAAUCAAGAUAACAUUUUAUGUUGUUAUAUUAUAGAUGCAGAAUGUGCUGUUGAUUCAAAAUUAAAUCCUAUACCUCUUGAUAGUCCUAAAACAAAAAAUUCUAAAUCAUAUUUAGUAGCUUUUAUGUUGACUGGAUUUCAUGACAUGUGUAGAGGUUGUCAUAAUGAACCAAAUGGAAUUACAGUACUCAACACUCGAUUAGCUCAAUCUCUUGGUUACAAAGUACUAUCUGUUCCAUACACAGAAUUAGGAACCAAAGACACUAUUGUUAAUAGGGUUCAAUACCUAAAAGAGAACCUUAAAAAUAUUAUAAUUGAGUCUUAGGUUAGUUUUGUAUUAUAUGAUUCAUUGUUUGUAUCUUUAAUAAAUUGAUAUAUUUAAAAUCAUUGGCUUGAAAUUUUAUUGUUAUCUUUUCUUACAUUUGUAAUAUAAAAAACUUAGCUCAUAUGCAUAUGGACUUGAACCUACUGUAUUGCAAAGCAUUUCAGAAUACCAUAAACAUAAAUUUUCUAAUUUUGAUAUUUUAACUUGAGACAUCAUUGCUCCAUGUGGUAAAUGUUGAUGGGAAUCUACAAGCAACAC